AUGAUAUAUUCUAAGUUAGAUUUUUUUUCUUCUUGCUUUUCAUUCAAUACAGGCAAUCAAUAAAAAAAAGAGUAUGUAAACAAUUAAAUAGAGCCUACUUUUAGGUCUUAAAGCUUCGUUAAUAAUGACUUGAUCUCAGUUCCACUAAACAAUGAUUUAGUUGGAUUUAGAUUUGAAUAUGCAACCGAUUAGAUUAAAUAAACCCCAGAAAAGAUUUAUUUAGUUUAUUUGGCUUUCUUUUUUUAUAGUUCUCCUAAUGAUAAUCAAUACCUGCCACUCAGCAUAAUCGAUUGUACUAAUACUAAUCUUUAAGGAUUUAAGUGCCUUGAUUUUAGCAGUAUAUAAAAUUAUACAUUAUCUCUGGACACAAAUUAGAACAUUAAGUCAUAAGUUUAGAUCCUUACUUAUGGCUGUAGAGAUAUCGAUUCUUUUAAGACUUUUGUCCCUAAUAACUGCGCUGAAUAAAAUGAAAUUGAUAGUUUGAUUAAUGAUAUCAACUCUAUUUUAAGGUUAAAGCUUUAUACAUCUUAAUAUAAUAUUACCUCUUAAGGGAUAGAGGAAAGAUAUAGAAAUGCUUAAAUUUAUACUAUAGCAAGUUAAUCCAUAUUAACAUAAUUGAAAAUAUAAAAUUAAAAUACUUCAAUAAAACAAGGUUUGAUAGUUUAAACAGAGUCAAACUUUAAUUCACCAAUUCAAUAUAGUUAAUAAGAUUUUGGCUAUGAUAGAUAAUAUGCUCUACAAUAAAUUGGAGGUGGUGCAUAUAGUGGAGUAUCAAUUUUUAUUGAUGAACUUGUUUAAGAAAUAUAAAUUUAAUAUCCAACUUUGCCAUAAGUGCUUGCACUCGUAAAUGGUAUUUUUACUCUAUUAAUGUUUACAGGUAUUUUUGGGAGAAUGGUUUCAUAAAAUUCGAUAAAUAAAGACCUUUUCUCUCUAUUUUUAAAAAACAUAUACCAAGACAGUUAUUUAAAGAUAAUAAAUAACACUAAACAUAUUCAAUAGUUAGAGGAAGAAAUUGAAUCAAGUAUAGAUGAACAAGGUUUGUAAGAAUAAAAAUAAAAUGAUUAAGAAUCAAAAAGUGAUAAAGAAAAGUAAAAUGAAGAACCAAUAAUAAUUCCGGCUUUUAAAAAUAAAAAGAAAGCUUCACCAGAACAAGAUUAAUAUAAUAAUAGUAUUUCUAAUAACGCAGAUUAUUUAGUAAAUGUUUAAAAUAAUAAUUAAAAAAUAAAUAACUAAUCUAAUGAUUAAAUUAAUAAUUUUAUGUUUUAAGGAACCUAAAAUAAUUCAAACAUUAAAUCAAAUAUUAUCACAGAUGCAAAAUCAAUAAUUUAGUCUGUAAUUGAUGUUAGACAGAAGAAUUUUCAAAUUGAUUUUUUAACUAAUAAUUCGCCAUAAAAUGCAAGCUUGAUAAAAUCUGUUUUAAAUAAGUAAUCAAAUUUUUAAUAGUAUUAAGUUAAGGAGAGAAAUAGCAUAUUAGCCAAGAACUAAGUUUUGUUAUAAAAUUUUAAUGCAAUUAAAAAUACUAAAUGCUCAUACAAAAUAAAAGGUGAUAUCCCUUAGAAAAAUUUUUAGAAAUCAGGAUAAAAAGAAGGUGGCAUCAGUAAACUUUAAUUUUAAAAAGUUGAAUACUAAAUCAAAAAAGAUCUAAAUAUUUUAAACUUUAUACAAGAUAUAAUUCUAUUAAAAAAAGCUGUUAUGAUGAUAUUGACAAAAGAUUAGCUAGCUGCUAUGCACCUAAUAGGGUGCUCUUAAAGUUUUUUAGAAUUAAAUUUGAGCAGUGAAAAUUGUAAUUUAAAUUAACUAGAAUAUAGGAAUAAGUUAAGCCAUUAUGAAAUGUAAUUUGCUAUUUCCUAAUAGAAAAAAUUCUAAGAGUAAUAUCUAUCAGAAUUUUUAUCAAGAUGCACUAAUGUUGAAAAUACUAGUGAACUUGAUUAAAGAAUUUUGUAGGCUAUUUAAAAAUGUCAUUUAACGAGCUGA